AUGAAUAUAUUAAUCACAGGUUGUAAUCGGGGACUAGGAAUGUUGUUAGCCAAAGAAUUAAAAAACAAUCAUGUUAUUGCAACAGCCAGAGACAUACACAAGCUAAAAUAAGCAUUGCAUGAUCAAAAGCAUUGCAGUUUGGAAUACUUGGAUGUUAGUAAUGACGAAAGCAUUAAAUAAUUUGUCUCUACCAUAAAAUAACCUAUUGAUAUUCUAGUUAACAAUGCAGGCAUUAUUGAAACUCAAUUAACAAAUAAAAAUAACCUAGCAUCGUAAGUGUUUAAGGUGAAUUAUUAUGGAGUAUUAAAUCUCACAAAAGCAGUCUUGCCCUACAUGAAAGAGAAUGGAAAGAUAAUUGUAAUAUCUUCAGAUCUGGGAAAACUAAGAAUUCAAAACUCUGUUAUCUAAGAAUAAUUGAAUAAAUGUAAUAAGGAUCAACUUGAGAUGAUAGUUCAAGAAUUUAUUCAGAAUAUAGAUUAAAGGAAUGAUUUUGGUGAAUGGUAUAAGGAAUACAAAGGAAUUUAUUCAGCAUCGAAAGCCUUAAUUAAUGCAUAUUUUAGACAUGUCUUGUCUAAGGAGGUAAAAUAGCAGGUAUUCUGCAUACACCCAGGAUGGUUGAAGACUGAUAUGGGAGGACCAAAUGCACCAAAAGAGCCUGAAGAAGGUAUAAUUACUAGUUUAUACGUAAUCAAUAAAAAGAUAAAUGGGACAGGUUUGUAUUUUAAUGACAAAUGCAAAAUGGAAGAAUUUUGA